CGAUGGAGUGUGGAGUAGAAUAUUCUUACGAAUAGGUUAUAUUUAAAGUAUUUAUCAAUCAAAUAAAUGUCGAAUCAUCAAAGUUAAUUGCAACGGUUAUCGAUACUGCAUUAGACGCAGUUACAACAUGCAACAAUGAAGAAACUCAACGAAUUAUUCUCAAUCUGCUUCUUAUUGCAAUAUUUGUACGGUGUUUGUACGACUCACUUGCUCAUAAAUGUCAAAAAUCAGGGUGGUGAUAUCCUAUUGGAAACAAUUUCAUCCAAUGUUACGGAAGAUGUAAUUACUUUAGAAUUUCAAUGCUCAGAUGGUACUCUGGUGACACAGCUUAUUGACUUCAAAAAUGAAGUACAGAUUAUAAAAGCUUUGGUUCUCGGCGAGGAAGAACGCGGCCAAAACCAGUAUCAAGUUUUGUGCUUUGUGAAUCACUUUUUCAAAGUGGAUUUUAUAUCCUCCGAUGCAAUGUCUAAAUUGCGACAAAAAAAUCCAGGCACUGUUCGUGUAGCAGAAGAAGAUAAGGGUCAUGUAAAUUAUACCAUGGACCUAUUCUUGGACGUGUCCGAAUCAAAAGAUAUUUCUAAACACAUUGCAAGCCUUUGUGGGGAAGCUGCAGGAUCUGCUUAUACUAGAAACGAGGACAUAAAACAGUGGAUUCAAAGACCUGGCUCCUCUGAACUUUCACUUAUGGCGGCUGUGUACAACUUUAGCACAAACUCCAUAACACAACAAAGUACAAAUGAUUCGAGAUCAUUAUUUGUGACAAGAUGUUCUGACACAUCUAAUAUGUGGGCACCAUGCACAUGUUCAUUAGAGUUAUGUAUUGGGUGGUAUCCGUGCGGUUUAAAAUUCUGCAAGAGCAAAGGUGAUGGUAAAAAAGUAGCCACCCCUUAUAAAUGUGGUAUUAAAACUUGUAAAAAAUGUUUUAUAUUCUCAUAUUAUUCUAAAAUGAAACAAAAUUGUUUGUGGGACGAAUGACACAUAAGGACUAUGUAGAUAUGUAGAUUUUGAUUUAAAAAGAAGGGUUAGGUUGUUCAAAGGGUUCUUCGUUCGAAUGAUACCCGCGGCCGAUUGACAUGAAAUUUGGAGAGGCUAGGUGGUGGAUGCUAAAUAUAAAAUUUUAAAUCAAUCAAAUUAGAUUAAGUUUGGCUGUUUUUUAUUUCGUCGAGUGAGAGUCCGAUUUUUGCGUACUAUUUCUAUCAAAAGCAAAAUCAGACUCGCGGUUUUACUGUUUCUCGUUUAGCUAGGCUGGUAAUAGAGUCGGCUAUGAAAUUACUUAAUUCUCGAAGAUAAAAUUUUACAUUUGACAUCCUUCCAAAUUUCAUAUCGAUCAACUACGGGUGCCAUUUCGAAGAAUAUCCGUUCGAAGUAUAAAAAUCUGUAACUAUUUUCUGCAGAAUAACUUACCAUUUUUACGUCAACAAAAAUCGUGUACAGUCAUAUUCAAUGAAAUUUUCUCUUUUUUUAU